CUGACUUCAGAGGAGGGAGCAUUCAGGCCCUGGCCUUUGUCCUCAGCCCCCAAAUUAGAAGAACUAUGGAGAGCUGGUCCUGGAUGACAGUUGUGGUCCUCCUAGGACUCACAGUGCGGUGGACGAUUUCUCUUCAUCCGUACUCAGGUGCUGGAAAACCGCCUAUGUUUGGUGAUUAUGAAGCUCAGAGACACUGGCAAGAAAUUACCCUUAAUUUACCAGUCAAACAAUGGUAUUUUAACAGUAGUGAUAACAAUUUACAGUACUGGGGAUUGGAUUACCCACCGCUUACGGCCUAUCACAGUCUCCUAUGUGCAUAUGUGGCAGCGUUUAUAAAUCCGGACUGGGUUGCUCUCCAUACGUCACGUGGAUAUGAGAGUCAGGCACACAAGCUCUUCAUGCGUACCACAGUUUUGGUUGCUGAUCUGCUCAUUUACAUACCAGCGGUGCUUCUGUACUGUUACUCCUUAGAUGAAGUCUCACCUAAGAGAAAGAUUGCUAGCACCUUAUGCAUAUUGCUGUAUCCUGGCCUUAUUCUUAUCGACUAUGGACAUUUUCAAUAUAAUUCUGUGAGUCUUGGCUUUGCUUUGUGGGGUGUUCUUGGAGUAUCUUGUGACUGGGACCUGCUAGGGUCAUUGGCAUUUUGUUUAGCUCUAAAUUAUAAACAGAUGGAACUGUACCACUCCCUACCAUUUUUUUGCUUCUUACUUGGCAAGUGUUUUAAAAAAGGCCUCAAAGGAAAGGGGGUUGAGUUGUUCAUUAAGAUAGGCUGUACUGUUGUGGCUUCUUUCCUUCUGUGUUGGCUGCCAUUCUUUACGGGAAAGGAACAUGCCCUGCAGGUUCUAAGGAGACUCUUCCCUGUCGAUCGUGGAUUGUUUGAGGAUAAAGUAGCCAAUAUUUGGUGCAGCAUUAAUGUUUUUCUGAAGAUUAAGGACAUUUUGCCUCGACACAUCCAGAUAGCAAUCAGCUUUUGCUGUACAUUUUUGAGCUUGCUGCCUGCAUGUAUAAAAUUGACACUUGAGCCCUCCUCUAAAGCAUUCAGAUUUACUCUGGUUAGCUGUGCGCUAUCAUUCUUUCUGUUUUCUUUCCAAGUACAUGAGAAGUCCAUUCUCUUGGUAUCAUUGCCAAUUUGCUUAGUUUUAAAUGAAAUUCCUUUCAUGUCAACUUGGUUUUUACUGGUGUCAACAUUUAGCAUGCUGCCUCUUUUAUUAAAGGAUGGACUCCUAAUGCCCUCAGUUGUGACAACGAUGGCAUUCUUAAUAGCUUGUGCCACUUUCUUUCCAAUAUUUGAGCACACCUCUGAAGAACAGCUGCAGCUGAAGUCCUUUGCUGUUGCUGUAAGGAGGCGCCUUCCAGGAUUUACAUUUCUUCCCAGAAUUAUACAGUAUUUGUUUCUUUCUUCAGUCAUCACCAUGGUCCUUCUGACGAUUUUGAGCGUCACAUUGAACCCUCCUCAGAAAUUACCAGACUUGUUUCCAGUACUUGUGUGUUUUGUGUCCUGUAUAAACUUUGUAUUCUUCUUGGUAUACUUUAACAUUGUAAUCAUGUGGGAUUCCAAAAAUGGAAGAGAUCGGAAGAAAAUAAACUAGCUAUAUUCCUAAACAUACACACAAUCUUUUUGUUAUGUAUAAGUGAACAUAUCACCUUUGGAAUCAUAGAAUUAUAGGAAAAGAAAUGGUGAAAAGGCAUUGUUAUUUACACAAAAUGUAUAUGGGGACCAAAGCAUUUGUUUUCUAACUACUUUUUGGUACAGCGUUUUAUAAUUUU